ACAGAAGCCUAGUCAAAUACCGCAGCGCUUCUCAUAUGCGGUACCAGUUAUCCGGUAGACGACAAUAAAACAUUCAAGAUGGCGAUGAGCAAGAGAGGAAACGUGCGGCUCCCGCCUGAGGUGAACCGCAUUCUGUACAUCAAGAACCUUCCUUACAAGAUCACUGCAGAAGAAAUGUAUGAUAUAUUUGGAAAGUAUGGAGCAAUCCGACAAAUCAGAGUGGGUAAUACACCAGAGACGAAGGGAACAGCCUUCGUAGUGUAUGAAGAUAUCUUUGAUGCCAAAAAUGCUUGUGAUCACCUCUCUGGGUUCAACGUCUGUAACAGAUACCUCGUUGUCCUCUACUACCAGUCUACCAAGGCAUUCAAGAAAACUGACACAGACAAGAAGAAGCAGGAUAUUCAGGACAUGAAGGCCCGAUACGGACUGAGCACACCAGAAAAGAAAUGAGUGUUUUUUAUGAAAAGGAUGUACAUAGUGUAAAUACGUCAACAAACAUCAUCAUUAGUGUCAUCCUUCAUCAACAGGUUUAUAAGUAACUACACAUUCCUUGGAUUACAGCUUCCAUGUGGAAUCAGAGAUGAAACAUUAGAUCAUGUAGUAAAGAUGUACUCGACAAAGGUUUUACAGUGUCUCUGACUUAAAAACUGGUUAUUGGCUGUCAUGUUUUAGAAAUGAAGGAAACAGUUCUAUGAUGCUGCUCACAUAGAGGAUCCGGUUGGAUAUUUGAAGUAGGAUGAUGUGAUGCUGGUUUGCAACUGUGUCCAAUAAAAACCCUGUGUUCUGUAAAGUCCAACUGAUCACCAUGAUCACCUACCCUCAGAUACUGUUACCAGCAAUCCAUGAAAGGGCUCGCUUUGAAAUGGUGCUGUGUAGUUAAUUUCACCAUGCCCUCCUGCAACUAGUUCAACAUGAGGAAAAGACAGAAAUAUGAAAUUGCACGUAUCACUCUCCGAUAAGUAUGCAAAUGAGGUAACUGCAGGACCUCCGUCAAACCUCAUACAUCGCUACAAUGUCUGCUUCAUCAAUAAAUUAUUGACCAGUGUUCCCUCUAAGUUUAGGAAGGGGUUUCCUCAUCAUGUGUGGUCCUUUCUGUAGAAAACCAUAGCACUAAAUAAUACAAUGGGCUGGUUCUCUUAAUCAUUGUAUGUCAUAAACAUUGGCUAUUUUUAGAAUGACAUUUAAUGAUGAAGAGAUUUAUAUAUGAUGAUUAUAUUCUGAAGAGAUAGGGGUCCAAAAUAUCAAAAUCCUCUUUAGGUUUGGUGAGGGUGCGAUUCUAAUUCAGUUUUGUGUGUUGUUUUUGAACCAAUAUAACUUUGGAUUUCUAUAUAAGCAAAAUUAUUGAUGUUGAAGCGAUGGUGAGAUACAUAUUUCUACAUGUAUGGUGUAAAUGAAUAAAACAUGCAAAUCCUGUCAA